UAUUUAUUAUUGAACGGAUGUGGAGCAACCGGUAGCCGGCGGUGAAAAAAGUGACAGAUUGAGUAUAGGAGUGGCCGUUAUUGGCUCUAUAAAAACGAGGGGUCCGGCUAGAGAGAGGAGCGCCCUGGGGCCCUGGGAACUUUAUUCUACAGGUCGAUCUGGACGAGGUGAAAUACCAAACGGAGACGCGAGGGGAUUAAAACACUAUUUUCUGCCCCAUAUUUCGUAUUUCUUCUCUUUGCCCCCUCCUCCGGCCGCCAGCAUGAUGUCCUAUCUGAAGCAGCCGCCGUACACGGUGAACGGACUGAGCUUAUCUACCUCAGGAGUGGACCUGCUGCAUCCUUCAAUGGGAUACCAAGGAACCCCUCGCAAACAGAGGAGAGAGAGGACGACCUUCACCCGGGCCCAGCUCGACGUGCUGGAGAAUCUGUUCGGCAAGACUCGGUACCCUGACAUCUUCAUGAGAGAGGAGGUGGCCUUAAAGAUCAACCUGCCUGAAUCCCGAGUGCAGGUAUGGUUCAAAAACCGACGAGCCAAACACCGCCAGCAGGCCCAGCAAACCCAAAGUGGAGUGCAGAACAAGGCUGUCAGCAAGCCGGUGAAAAAGAAAGGCUCUCCGGUCAGAGAGGUCAGCUCAGAGAGCGGAGCCAGCGGGCAGUUCACUCCGCCCUCGAGCACCUCACUCCCGGCUGUGAGCAGCAGCGCGGCGCCGGUGUCUAUCUGGAGCCCGGCCUCCAUCUCCCCGCUCUCCGACCCGCUGUCUACCUCCUCCUCCUCCUGCAUGCAGCGCUCUUAUCCCAUGACCUACACCCAGGCGUCGGGCUACAACCAGGGCUACACGGGCUCCUCGUCCUACUUCACCGGGAUGGACUGCGGCUCCUACCUUUCGCCUAUGCACCACCAGCUAUCCGCCGCGGGCUCCGCCAUGAGCCCCAUGGGCAGCAACGGGGUGUCCAGCCACCUGAGCCCCGCGUCUUCCCUCUCCUCGUCGGCGUACGGGGCGGCGGGGCUGGGCUUCAGCGGCGCUGCAGACUGCCUGGACUACAAGGACCAAACAGCCUCCUCAUGGAAGCUCAAUUUCAACGCGGACUGUUUGGAUUACAAAGACCAAGCAGCGUGGAAAUUUCAAGUGUUGUGAGAGGAGAGAAUUAAAGGGACACUUUUCACAAACUGCAGACUAUACAGACAAAUUAAAACCCAAGAUUUGGAGCAGCAAGUGCGGUGUUUUUCCACGACUACAGGCCCCAACUUCUACCUCGGGCAGAGCAGAACAGGCCAGUUGUUUCACUUGUUGGGUUAAUUUAUUGAACAUUCAGACUGACUUCUCCCCAACUUUGAUCAAGGACACGGAACAAAUGUGUUGACCAAAAGGAAAAAGGAUCAAAAGAGCGAAAGAUCCAAGCCUAACUUGGUUGAGUUUGAGGAAUAGGUCAGGUUUUCUUCUAAGCUCCUUAAAGUUUCCCCUCUCUUGUGUUUUUUUUUAUUUUGUUGGCACGCUGAAGGGCCCCUUUGAUCAAAGCGGUGUGAGUGUGUGUGUGUGUGUGUGUGUGUGUGUGUGUGUGAGAGAGAGAGAGCAGCUCUGACAUGAACCUGGAUGCACUAUUAAUUUAUGAGAAAUAUGUUUAAAACUAGUUAUAAGAGACAAUCAGUCCGUUUGCGUGUGCUCAUAAAUGUCCCUUGUGUUUUUGAAUUAUUUCCCCCGUGUUAGAUUUCUUUUAAAAAUGUGAUUCUUUGUACUACCUACAAGUUUGCUUCUUUGCCAUACAUGCGCCACAAACCCAGCUGUGAAUUUGCUAGAUUUAUUUCCAUGUCUCGAGUGUUAAAUGAUAAAUUAUUAUUAAGGACAUAUUAGUUGAAUGAAAUAUGGAGUAAAUCAAGCCAGCAGCAAGCAGGGUCCAUUUGAGCUGUAAAGUGCGGUGAGAAGGCCACAAACACACUAAAUAACAAUAAAGACCACUUGACCUAACCCAA